CGACCGCAGCACCGCUUAAAAAGAAGCCACGGCGCAUAAAUCCAUCGCGCAGCAGAGUGGUACAAUCAAGCCGCCGAGGCUGCAUGAGCUGCAAGGGGGGUAUGUUCACUUUUUCACGACUGAGGGAAACACACAGCGCCGGGGAGGAACACAAAAAGCACUAAAACAAUUGACAGUCUUGGUUUUAUGUUUCCCCAAGUGUCAACGAGAUGUCUACGAAGGCAGAGCAGUUUGCCUCUAAGAUACGAUACUUGCAAGAGUAUCACAACCGUGUGCAACACAAUAUUUACCCCGUGCCCUCUGGAACAGACAUUGCUAACACACUGAAAUACUUUUCCCAAACCCUGCUCAGCAUUCUGUCCCGCACAGGCAGGAAGGAGAACCAGGAAGCUUCCAAUUUGGCCGUGCCCAUGACCAUGUGUCUUUUUCCUGUGCCAUUCCCACUCACCCCAUCUCUAAGACCACAAGUCAGUUCCAUCAACCCUACAGUUACUCGCUCCCUCCUUUACAGCGUUCUGCGCGAUGCCCCGUCAGACCGCGGGGGGCAGGGGCAGCAGAGUCGGGACGCUCAGCUCUCAGAGUACCCCUCUCUGGACUAUCAGGGCCUCUAUGUGACCCUCGUGACCCUGCUUGACCUGGUGCCCCUGCUGCAGCACGGUCAGCAUGAUCUUGGACAGUCCAUAUUUUACACAACAACUUGCCUCCUGCCCUUUCUCAGUGAUGAUAUUCUCAGCACUUUGCCCUAUACAAUGAUCUCCACUUUAGCCACAUUUCCCCCUUUCCUUCAUAAAGACAUCAUUGAGUACCUGAGCACCUCUUUCCUCCCCAUGGCUAUAUUGGGCUCUACUCGAAGGGAGGGGGGAGUCCCGGCUUAUGUUAAUUUGUCUGCCUCCUCAAUGCUCAUGAUUGCAAUGCAGUACACCACAAAUCCAGUGUAUCACUGUCAGUUGCUGGAGUGUCUAAUGAAGCACAAACAGGAAGUGUGGAAGGACCUUCUUUAUGUAAUAUCCUACGGCCCAUCACAAGUAAAGCCUCCAGCUGUGCAGAUGUUGUUUCAUUACUGGCCCAACCUGAAGCCUCCAGGAGCCAUCAGUGAAUACAGGGGGCUGCAGUACACAGCCUGGAAUCCCAUCCACUGUCAACAUAUCGAGUGCCACAAUGCCAUCAAUAAACCAGCUGUCAAGAUGUGUAUAGAUCCCACUCUUUCUGUUGCCCUGGGAGACAAGCCCCCUCCUCUUUAUAUAUGCGAGGAGUGCAGCCAGAGGAUAGCAGGAGAUCACUCAGAGUGGCUCGUGGAUGUGCUCCUGCCCCAAGCAGAGAUAUCUGCCAUUUGUCAAAAGAAGAACUGUAGCUCUCACGUCAGGAGAGCGGUGGUCACCUGCUUCUCGGCCGGCUGCUGUGGGCGCCAUGGCAACCGGCCUGUCCGCUACUGCAAGCGUUGCCAUGUCAACCACCACAGCAGUGAGGUGGGGGCUGCGGCUGAGACCCAUCUAUACCAGACCUCGCCCCCUCCCAUCAACACCCGGGAGUGCGGAGCAGAGGAGCUGGUGUGCACUGUGGAAGCUGUUAUCAGCCUUCUUAAAGAGGCAGAAAUACACGCAGAGCAGCGAGAGUUUGAGAUGAACAGGCGUCGUCAGAUGGGCCUGUCCGCCUCCCACCACUCUCUGGAUAACAUUGAGUUUGACAACAAAGAGGACGACCAGCACGACCAGCGGCUCCUCAGCCAGUUUGGCAUCUGGUUCCUUGUGAGCCUGUGCACACCAAAUGAGAACACUCCCACAGAGAGUCUGGCUCGGCUGGUCAGCAUGGUGUUCCAGUGGUUUCACUCCACCGCCUACAUGAUGGACGAUGAGGUUGGAAGUCUGGUGGAGAAGCUGAAGCCUCAGUUUGUCACCAAGUGGUUAAAGACAGUGUGUGAAGUGCGAUUCGACGUCAUGGUGAUGUGUCUGCUGCCAAAGCCUGUUGAGUUUGCCCGGGUGGGAGGUUACUGGGAUAAGUCAUGCAGCACAGUGACCCAGCUGAAGGAGGGCCUGAACAGAAUCCUGUGUCUGAUACCCUACAACGUCAUCAGUCAACCGCUGUGGGAGUGUUUCAUGCCAGAGUGGCUGGAGGCCAUCCGCACAGAGGUGCCGGACCAGCAGCUCAAAGAGUUCCGGGAGGUUCUCAGUAAGAUGUUUGAUAUCGAGCUGUGCCCCCUGCCGUUCUCCAUGGAGGAAAUGUUUGGCUUCAUCAGCUGCAGGUUCUCGGGCUACCCAGCAUCCGUGCAGGAGCAGGCUCUGCUGUGGCUGCAUGUGUUGUCAGAACUGGACAUUGUGGUUCCUCUUCAGCUACUGAUUGGGAUGUUCUCUGAUGGAGUCAACUCUUUAAAGGAGCUGGCCAAUCAGAGGAAGACACGGGCCUCUGAUCUGUCCGGCAACACUGGAGCUCGCAGGGUGAGUGUGGUGUCAGAUCCAGGACGUCGCGGGCAGCACAACACCCUCAGUCCGUUCCCCAGCCCCUUCAGGAGCCCGUUCCGCAGCCCCCUGCGUUGUAGCCCCUUCAAAAACCUGGGUCAUGCUGCUGGACACUGUGCCCUGGAUCUGGACUGUGAUGAUGAUGAUAUGAACCUCGGCUGCUUCAUCCUCAUGUUUGACCUCAUCCUAAAGCAGAUGGAACUCCAGGAUGACGGUGUGAUGCUGGGUCUAGACAGCAGCCUUGGGAAGGAUAUCGUGGGCAUCAUCAACAACGUCUUCCAGGCGCCGUGGGGGGGCUCGCACACCUGCCAGAAGGAUGAGAAGGCCCUUGAGUGUAGCCUGUGCCAAUCCAGCAUCCUGUGCUACCAGCUGGGCUGUGAGCUGCUGGAGAGGCUGACCCCCCGGGAGGAGAUACGCCUUGUGGAGCCUACGGAUAGUUUGGAGGAAACCUUGCUCUUCCCACUGACAGAUUUUUCUCUUGGGACGGAGAAUGGGAGUGAGGAAGGAGAUAACCCAAGUGUUGCCCCCACCCCAGCAACCAAUGACAACCCCAGCAACCAAUCACCUGAUGAUGCACCCCUGAAGAACAACUCAGAUAAAAAGUUCUCCUACCAGCAGCUCCCUGUGUCUCUGAGGCUCAUCUACACCAUCCUGCAGGAAAUGUCCAAGUUUGAGGAGCCGGACAUCUUGUUCAACAUGUUGAACUGUCUGAAGAUCCUCUGUCUUCAUGGAGAGUGUUUGUAUCUCGCUCGCAAGGAUCACCCACAGUUUCUGGCCUAUGUCCAGGAAAAGAUGCUAAUACCAAGUCUGUGGUCCAUGCUGAAGUCAGAAUUCUGUCAGCUUGCCUCUCUGGCUGUGCCUCAGCUUCUGCACGCUCUCUCUCUGUCCCAUGGAGCGGACAUCUUUUGGAACCUCAUCAACACAAACUUCAACAGCAAAGACUGGAAGAUACGAUUUGAAGCAGUGGAAAAGGUAGCGGUGCUGUGCCGGUUCCUGGACAUCGGUGCAGUGACAAAAAACCACCUGCUGAAAUAUUCCCUUGCCCACGCUUUCUGCUGCUUCUUGGCUUCAGUGGAGGAUGUUAACCCAGCUGUGGCCACCCGGGCCAGACUGCUGCUGGACACCAUCAAGAGACCGGCCCUGCAGGGUUUGUGCCUCUGCCUGGACUUCCAGUUUGACACCGUAGUGAGGGAUCGUCCCAUAAUCCUCAGCAAACUCCUCCUGCUGCACUCCCUGAAGAAAGACAUCCCUGCGCUGAGCUGGGAGUUCUUUGUCAACCGCUUUGAAACAUUAUCUCUGGAGGCUCAGCUGCACCUGGACUGCAACAAGGAGUUCCCUUUCCCUACAACCAUCACAGCAGUGCGAACCAAUGUAGCCAACCUCAGUGAUGCAGCGAUGUGGAAGAUCCGAAGGGCCCGUUUUGCCAGGAAUCGACAGAAGAGCGUGCGUUCCCUCCGUGACAGUUUGAAGGGAGCUCCGACAGAGUCGAAAAGAGCAUUUUCACUCCCAGAGUCACUGAGCAACCGACUCCCUUUAAGGCUUACGAGGCAAGAGCACUCUGCCCCGACACUGGGAGAUAUGAUAGAGAAAGUCCUGCCAGGCCAGACCCCGUCACCUGAGGACGACACAAUCAUAAGAGACCUGCUCCCCGAGGAUGCCGGCAUCGACCAUCAGACGGUCCACCAGCUCAUCAUGGUGCUCAUGAAAUUCAUGGCUAAGGAUCAGAGCAGCGCUGAGGCCGACAUCGGCAGUGCCAAGGCUUUCAACACGGUGAAGCGUCACCUGUACGUGCUGCUGGGUUACGACCAACAGGAGGGCUGUUUCAUGAUUGCACCUCAGAAGAUGCGCACCUCCACCUGCUUCAACGGCUUCAUCGCUGGCAUCGCACAAGUGAUGGACUACAAUAUCAGUUUAGGGAAGCAGCUGCUCCCCCUGGUGGUUCAAGUGUUGAAGUACUGCACAUGUCCACAGCUGAGACACUACUUCCAGCAGCCGCCUCGAUGCUCUCUGUGGGCCUUGAAGCCACACAUCAGACAGAUGUGGCUCAAAGCUCUGCUGGUUAUCCUCUAUAAGUACCCUUACAGAGACAUGGACGGCAGUAAAGUGGUCCUCCAUCUGAUCCACAUCACCAUCAACACACUGAAUGCUCAGUAUCACAGUUGUCGUCCUCACGCUACAGCCGGACCGCUAUACAGCGACAACUCCAACAUGAGUCGCUACAGUGAGAAAGAAAAAGAAGAGGACAGUGUAUUCGAUGAGUCAGACGUCCAUGACACGCCGACUGGAGCCGCUAACAAGGAGUCACAGACCUUCUUCGCUCGUCUGAAGAGGAUCGGUGGCAGCAAGUCUGUGAAGUACCAGCCGGUGGAGCUGAAUGCCAAGAAAAGUGAAAUUGAGCUGUCAGAGUACAGGGAAGCCAGCGCUCUUCAGGACAGCAUCCUGCACUGUGUGAGGGAGGAGAGCACCAGGAAGAAGCGGCUACAGGCCAUGCACAAGCAGAAAUCUCUGGACAUUUCCAACACAGACUCCAUCCUCUUCAAUCUGGAUGAACAUCGACGUAAAUCCUGCAUCGACCGCUGUGACCUGCAGGCGCCUCCUGUAGUGCUGCCCCCCUCUUCGGCCACGUCUCGCAGCAGGCGUCAUGGAAAAGGAUCCUUUGAUUGCUCUUCUAUUCGUGUGGAGGGCAUCGAUGCUGUGGAUCGUCGAGGCUCUCGAGGUGGACAUUCUGACAUUUCCAAACCUGUCAUCCCGGAGGUCCGUUUGAGCUGCAUGGAGACCUUUGAGGACAAGCUGGACCAGGGUUCACUGGAAGGAUCUGCUCAAGGGAAAGAAGACCAGGACCUGAUUGACCUCUCCUCUGACUGCACCUCCAUCCCAGAAAAACAUUCCCUGCUCUCCAUGUCUGACAGCGACUCCUUGGUGUUUGAACCGCUGCCUCCUCUAAGAAUCGUAGAGAGUGACGAGGAGUUUGAUUUGAACACCCUCAUCGCUUCCAAAUUCAAUGGGAGUCCAAAGGUGUCUGCUUCUCCUGCAAGCAGCAACACUCUGCGGCUGUCUCCUGUGGUUCAGGUGAGCAUAGAGGACUGUUCCAGUGGCAAAAAGACCCCAGAACAUCCCAGCUCAGAGGGGAAAAGGUCCAACCGUGUGACUCCAAGCACAUCUCUAGAUCUUCCUGACCGUGCAGAAAAUGUUUGCCAUGAAAGCCCCAUGACCCUGAAGCAGAAGAGAGACCUUCUGAGAAAGACCCCGCAUGUCCCUUACACCUCUCUGGAUGAUAUGCCGUUGACCCCUGAAGAGGUAAGAACCGGGAUGGGACUUGGGAUGUCUCCCUCUGGUAGGACAAUCUUCUUGGACAUCCCGGAAGACAAUGCAGAGCCUCUCUCAUCGCCGGAGAAAAGCAAGAGCACCAGCAACGACGAAGACGAAGAUUAUGGGGAUGAUGAAGAGGAUGACGACAUGGGAGACGAAGUGGACAGUGAACCAAAACCUGACAACGACGGAGGAGAGGACAACGAUGAGGCAGAGUUCAAAAUCCAGAUUGUACCCCGACAGCGGAAGCAGAGGAAGAUAGCUGUAAGUGCCAUCCAGAGGGAAUAUCUGGACAUCACGUUCAAUAUGUUCGACAAGCUGGGAGGAGAGCAGACCGCAGAGGCAGAUCACAAAGUUCUUUCUACAUUGGAAAAGCCACGAGAAUCUGCCUCGGCCCCAACGCUCGAAGCUGCUAUUCCUGAAACAAGCCACCGCUCUUCGGUAUCAACUCAGUACCGUCAGGUGAAGCGAGGCUCUCUGGGAGCUCUGACCAUGAGUCAGCUAAUGAAGAGACAGCUGGAGCAUCAGUCCAGUGCGCCGCACAACAUCAGCACCUGGGACACUGGCCCCACAAAGACCAGCCUGCUCUCCGCACCAAGCACGGUCAGCAUGUUUGUCCCUGCCCCUGAGGAGUUCAUUGAUGAGCAGCCGACCACCAUGUCUGACAGGUGUCGUGACUGUGCUGCCGUACUGGAGGAAUAUGAUGAGGAGACUCUCAGCCUUGCGAUAGUCGUCCUCUCCAUGUUCAUCCACCUCAGCCCUGAUUUGGCCGCUCCGAUGCUCCUCGACAUCAUGCAGUCUGUGGGCAGGUUGGCAUCCAGUGCCAAUUUUUCUGGACAAGCUGAGAGUAUGUUGAUCCCAGGGAAUGUAGCAGGUGUAGCCAAGCAGUUCCUCCGCUGUGUGUUUCACCAGCUGGCCCCUAAUGGCAUCUUACCCCAGCUCUUCCAGAGUAACAUCAAAGAUGGAAGCUUUCUGCGAACUCUUGCAUUGUCCCUGAUAGAUUUUAAUGAGCUGAGCUCUGUGGCUGCCCUCAACAUGCUUCUCGAGGGUUUAAACAACAAGAAAAGUCUGCCAGCAGGGGGCACUAUGCUGCACUGCCUGGAAAACAUUGCCACCUUCAUGGAGGCUCUCCCCAUGGACUCUCCGAGCAACCUGUGGACGACCAUCUGCAACCAGUUCCAGACCUUCCUCACAAAGCUGCCCUCUGUGCUUCCUCUAAAGUGCCCAAUGGAUUCCAGCUUGAGGAUUAUCAUUUGUUUGCUGAAAAUCCCAACCACGAAUGCAACCAGAAGCCUCCUGGAGCCGUUCUCCAAGCUGCUGAGCUUUGUCAUCCAGUAUGGCACGUUCAGUCUCUCCUACCUCGUAGAACUCUGUGGACUGUGUUACAAAGCCUUCAACAAGGAGAGAGAUAAGUUCUACAUGUCCCGCAUUGUAGUGCUAGAGCUUCUGCAGGCUCUCAAGUUCAAGUCUCCUCUGCCUGACACAAACUUGUUACUGCUAGUCCAGUUUGUUUGUGCAGAUAUUGGUACACGGCUAGCAGAAUCUACCAUCAUCCAGAAGCACAUGAUCUUCACACUGCCGGGGUGCACAACAGCAGCCAUGGAGUGCAUGAGACAAUAUAUAAGUGAACUACUGGACUUCAUUGCAGAUAUGCACACGCUAACCAAACUUAAAAGCCAUAUGAAGGCUUGCUGUCAGCCGCUGCACGAAGACACUUUUGGGGGGAACCUGAAAGUGGGCUUGGCACAAGUCGCCGCCAUGGAGAUCAGCAAAGGCAAUCACCGUGAUAACAAAGCUGUGGUCCGUUAUCUUCCUUGGCUUUAUCACCCGCCAUCCACCAUGCAACAAGGGCCAAAAGAAUUCAUCGAGUGUGUUUCCCACAUUCGUCAGCUGUCCUGGCUGCUUUUGGGCUCGCUGACACACUGUGCCCUGCACCAGGGCUCCACCUCCUGUAUGCCCAUCCCUCUAGAUGCUGGCUCCCACAUCGCAGAUCAUCUCAUAGUCAUCCUCAUUGGUUUCCCAGAGCAGUCAAAGACGUCGGUGCUGCACAUGUGCUCUCUGUUCCACGCCUUCAUGUUCGCCCAGCUGUGGACCAUCUACUGCGAGCAGGCGGCUGCUGCUCCUUCACUGGUCAACCAAAACCAGACUGAGUUUUCCUCCAGCGCCAUCCUCACUGGCCUGGAGUUCUGGAGUCGGGUUACACCUAGCAUCCUGCAGCUCAUGGCUCAUAAUAAAGUGAUGGUAGAGAUGGUGUGUCUUCACGUCAUUAGUUUGAUGGAAGCCCUGCAGGAGUGCAACUCAACCAUCUUUGUCAAGCUCAUACCCAUGUGGCUACCCAUGAUUCAGUCAAACCUCAAGCAUCUGUCUGCGGGAUUGCAGUUGCGUCUCCAGGCCAUCCAGAACAGAGUGAACCACCAGUGUUUGCAGGGCCAGACAUCCGGCACUCCUCCGUUUGCUCUGAGAAAAUGGCUGCAGUGCACCCAGUUCAAGAUGGCUCAGGUGGAGAUCCAGUCGUCUGAGGCUGCCUCACAGUUUUACCCCAUGUGACCUGCUUUGUGGGUCCAGUCAGGUCCCCAGACCUGCAUGCAUCCUCUCUGUCAGACCAAAAAAAGAGACUCUUAUUUAAUCUUAUACUGUGUGGAAUUUAAUUUUCAGCACCUUUAGUAUACUACCUGUAUAUGUACAGUAAAUCUAUGCUAUUUUAGAGUACUAAUACUUGAGCUGAAGAGCAAAGGUUCGACAGACAUGUUUGGGAUUAUUACAUCAGGUGCCUAACUGUUGUAUUCAACAGAUUUAAAGAGUCAAUAGAUGAUGAAGAUGAAUUCUACAGACUCACGUUAGUAAUACUUAGGAUAUGAAAGGGAAUGCUUGUUGAAGCUUAGAUAUGCUCACUCUGUCACAUUCAUAUUCUAUCACUUUUUAAGUUGCUUGGUUGCAAGCUGGAUAAUAAAAGUACCAGUUUUUCUAAAUGUU